CCGGCGGAAAGCAAUCAUUCCAAGGAAGACUGAACUAAAUAACUACAACUAUGGCUUAUGUAGGAAACGGAGCAGGACAUGAUGUUGAUGAGGAAAGCUUUGAAGAUGCCUAUGAAAGUAUCCCUAGGGCGUCCAAAAUGGAUUUGAAGACUGCCUUGGAAGAAUGCACAAUGGCACUUAACCUCUUUUUGAACAACAAGUUUUCUGAAGCUCUGGAUCUGCUGAGACCUUGGGUGAAGGAUAGCAUGUACCAUGCUCUGGGAUACAGCACGAUCUUAGUAAUGCAGGCAGCCAUGACCUUCGAACACCAAGACAUCCAGAUGGGCAUCAGCGUAAUGAAAGAUGCACUACAGACAUGCCAAAGGUUUAGGAAAAAGAACUCAGUUGUGGAAUCUAUAUCCAAUUUAGUUUCCAAACAAGCAGCCGACCAAUUCAAAGAAGAGGAAAUGCAUGCGGAGAUUUGCUAUGCAGAGUGCUUGCUACUGAAAGCAGCCCUAACAUUUGUGCAGGAUGAAAACAUGAUCAACUUUAUCAAAGGUGGGCUCAAAAUCAGAACAAGUUACCAAAUAUACAAGGAAUGUCAGCAGCUUUUAAACAUGACUCAGGAUCUUACUGGCAAGAACGAAACCUACUGCCAGUUUGAAGGGGGAGUGAAGUUAGGAAUUGGAGCAUUCAAUCUGAUGCUGUCCCUCCUACCUGCAAGAGUUCUAAGGCUUCUCGAAUUUAUUGGGUUUUCAGGCAAUAGGGAGUUUGGGCUCUCCCAGUUACGAGAAGGGGCUUUUAGCCACAGCCUGAGAGCUGUACUGUCUGUUCUGACCCUGUUGCUUUACCACACUUAUGUUACUUUAAUCCUUGGUAGUGGAGAAGGAAACCUUGUAGAAGCCGAAGCCCUAUUGGAACCCUACCUCAAGAAAUUCCCCAAUGGGUCUAUUAUUUUAUUUUAUACAGCCAGGAUAGCAGUACUUAAAGGAAACUUUGAGCAGGCUGAAGUGAAGUUUCAGGACUGCAUUGCAUCCCAGCAGGAGUGGAAACAGAUCCAUCACCUCUGUUACUGGGAGCUGAUGUGGUGCCACACCUUCCAGCAGAACUGGCUAGAGGCUUACCGCUACGCAGACCUGCUCUGUAAGGAAAGCAAGUGGUCAAAGGCAAUAUAUGUCUUUCAGAAAGCUGCCAUUCUAAGCAUGCUUCCAGAUGAAGUUGUCAGACAGACUGGGGAGAAUGUAACUGAACUGUUUAAACAAGUUGAAGGGUUAAAGCAGAGAAUUGCUGGUAAAUCAAUUCCCACAGAAAAGUUUGCUGUGCGAAAGUCCCGGCGCUAUUCUGCUCCAAAACCUGUGAAACUGGUGGUGCCUGCUCUGGAAAUGAUGUAUGUUUGGAAUGGCUUUACAAUUGUAGGCAAGAGGGCUGACUACACAGAGAGUCUGCUCAUUACAAUUGAACAAGCAGAAACGGCAUUGAACCAAGAAACCAAUCCCUCAGAGUACCAUCCUGAUGACCAGUGCCUUGUCCAGAUGUUGAAAGGACUUUGUCUGAAACAUUUGGGUCGUCUUUUGCAAGCUGAGCUCUGCUUCACUCAAGUCCUCACAAGUGAGAGGAGGAUAAAAUAUGAUCAUUAUUUGGUGCCAUUCAGUUUAUAUGAGCUGGGGCUCUUGUACAAGCAGCAAGGAGACUUUCAAAAAGCCAGCAGAUUCAUAGAAAAUGCUAAACAAAACUACAAAGACUAUUCAAUGGAAUCCAGAUUACACUUUCGUAUCCACGCUGCUCUAAACAGCCUCAGAGGAUCCCCAGUCACAACACCUUAACAAGAUUUCUCUGUCUGUUUUUAAACUGUCUGUAGUGGCAGGGUGUUCUUCAGGGGUCCAAAUAAGCUAAAAGAUACAAUGCAAGUGUCCUACAAAAGCAUUUUAUUAGCAUACUACAGAGAGCUGCUGAUAGUAAAUUUAAAAAGCCUUUUAAUCAAUAAACAGCACUUGUUGUUUUAACAAGCAGAUAUAACAUGGAGUGUAGUCGCUAUUCAAUCUAGGUCUUCAUAUUGGCAUUUUGUAAGCUAACACUAGUAUUGCUAUAAAGAAUUUUACUGGUCUGUAUGUUAAUAAUCAGUCAUUGCAACUGUAUUAUUUAUGUUUAAUCAGUAUAUAAAUAUUCGUUCAUGAAUACCUCACAGACCUAUACUUGAAAUACCAAUGUAAAGUAUAUAAUUUAAUGCUUUCUUGGGACACUGGAUUUUGAAAUAUUACUCACCCGUGAGUCCUGGGUACCGGUUUUGAUUGUCUCUGCACUCCGUGUUAUAAACAAAUUUCUGAAUGUAUUUUCCCUUUUCUAAGCUGUAUGUUAUUACAGUCAAGCUUGCUUGUGUGUGUGCGCUGUGGUGUGUUUGUUAAUAUCUUGUUUUAUGGAAAAUGGUCAUGCUUUAAUUUACACAGAAGACGCAAGAAUUCUUUCUGACAGAACACUAUGUUGGUGCAAUAACUCAAAAAACAUAUAGUGUGCGUGUGCG